ACCUCCGGAUGAGUCGACAUCACCGCCGCAGUAACACCAUGGAGACCCCGAUCACCGGAAUCCUGCAGGAAAAGCUGCACGAAGCAGAUCCAGACACCGGCUUCUCCCGAAGGCGAGUUCCCCUCUACCAGCCCAUCUUCCUCGACCGCCACGGAUCCCUCCGCCCCACACCCACCGUCAUCCCUUCCAUCGAGAUCGAGUACGACUACUCCGCCCCCCUCGGCAUCCUCCCCAGGUUCGAGUCAGACUUCGUGCAAUCAAGUUCUCGUUCGAGCCCUCUCUCAAAUGUCCGGGGCAAAUUUUCUCUUUAUCGGUGCAGCGUGCUGGAGAGGAUCCUGGAACUAGUGCGGAGAUUCAAGAAGAGGGCUCAGGCUUUCAGGAAAGGAGCACUUCGACCUCCUACGGCAAUAAGUGAGAAGGAAGCGACAGAGAAAUCCGAACCAAACUGGGAGAUAUUGUUGAAGGGCAGCCAACCCGAAUCCCGAAACCCAAAGAAUUCCUCCUGCCUUUAUGCCAUUGGACUCUCGGGAGUUUUGGAACCACAUCGGAAGGCUUACCUGGCGUGGUUAUUGACGGUCAUGUGCGCGUUUUUGUACAACAUCUACGCCAUCCCCCUUCGCGCCAGUUUCCCCUACCAAGAAGGGAAUAAUCUCUGGAUCUGGCUGAUCCUGGACUACACAGCGGAUCUGGUGUACCUCGUGGACAUCCUGGGAUUCAAGCCCCGAGUGAUGCACCUAGAAGAAGGCUUCUGGAUCACCGACCCCAGCAUCCUUCGUCGGAAAUAUUUCCGCAGCUCGUCCUUUCUGUGGGACGCGUUGGCGCUGGCACCCACAGAUUUCUUCUACUUUUGGCUCGGGUUCAACCCUCUCAUUCGGUUUCCGAGGUUCCUCAAGGCGAGUCCAGUCUUCCUUCUCUCCUUGCAUGCGAGUGGAUUCUGGGAAUUCUGGGAGCGAGCGGACCAGAUGGCCUCGUCUCCGCACGCCCUCAGGAUCGUGAGGACGAUCAUCUACAUGCUGUACAUGAUCCACCUGAAAGGCUGCGCCUACUACAUCCUCUCGGCCUACGAGGGCAUCGGCUCCAACUCCUGGACCUACGACGGAGAAGGAUCCGCGUACCUGCACUGCUUUUAUUUUGCGACGAAGACAGCGACGUCGAUCGGGAGGAAUCCAAAACCGACGAAUGUGGCUGAAUACGCCUUCAUGACCUUCGCCUGGCUCAUUGGUGUCUUCGUCUUCGCUUUCCUCAUCGGACAGAUCCGCGACAUCGUGGCGACGGCAUCUCGGACGCGGAUGGAGUACCAAAAGGCGAUGGACGACACGGCGAGGCUCAUGCAUCGCCUCGGGGUCCCGCCGGGGCUCAGGACCAAGGUAAAGGAGUGGUUCGCCUUCACGUGGAAGCAGCAGAAGAGUCUGGACGAGAGGGAGAUGAUUCGGGUGGGGGUGGGGUGCAAGAAGCUGGAGUCCGAGAUUGCGCUGGACGUCCAUCUGGAGACGCUGGGGAAGGUGAACCUGUUUCGGGAGUGCGAACCGGAUCUCAUACGGGAGUUGCUGCUCAGACUCAAACCCUGCAUCUUCAUGCCCGGGGACUACAUCUGUCGAAUGGGUGAGGUGGGCAAGGAGAUGUACAUCGUGAGGAUGGGGAAGUUGGAGGUCAUGGGAGGUCAUGAUCACGAGAUCUUGGCCACCCUCGGCGAGGGGAGCGUGUUCGGAGAACUCUCCCUCCUUCACUUUUCCGACUCCCUCGGCAAUCGACGCACCGCCGACGUCAGAUCAAAGGGAUACUCGAACCUCUUCGUGUUGAGCAAGACUGACCUCUACGAGACGAUUCGAGACUACCCCAUGGCCCAAGCCGCUCUCAAGAGGAAGGCAAUGGAGCUGAUACGGAUUAAGGAAGCAGAGGAAACGGAGAAGGUGAAAGAGGGGGAAAAGUCAGCGGAUGAGGAAGACGCCGUGAUCAUUCCGCCUCGACCGCCCACUCCCAGAUUCCUACGCACCGUCUACAGGGUAUUUCAAGUCCUCGGU